CCUUUUUGAUGAUUUCAACUCUCCUCAUCUCCAUCUUAACAGCGGGGUUCACCAUGACAUGACUGCCCCUCUGUCCCAUUAUUUCAUAUUUACUGGGCACAAUUCAUAUCUUACUGGAAAUCAACUUAGUAGUGACAGCAGUGAUGCUCCCAUUAUAGAUGCCUUGAAAAGAGGAGUUAGAGUUAUUGAAUUGGACAUUUGGCCUAAUUCCACUGGGGAUGAUGUCCAUGUUUUUCAUGGGAGGACACUUACAUCUCACGUGGAGCUUAUCAGAUGUCUAAGAUCUAUCAAAGAACAUGCGUUUAUUGCAUCAGAUUAUCCAGUUAUUAUAACCUUAGAAGACCACCUAACUCCCGAUCUUCAGACUAAAGUGGCUGAGAUGGUCACUCAAACCUUUGGAGAUAUUCUGUUCAUUCCUGGAUUAGUAAGCUUAAAGGAAUUUCCCUCCCCAGAAUUUUUGAAGAAACGAAUUCUCAUAUCAACCAAACCACCAAAGGAAUACCUUGAGGGAAAAGAUAUUAAAGAGAAGAAGGGUGAUACGGACAGUGAAAAGUCUUGCCACAUCCAAGCUGAUGACAAGAAUGAACUAGAUGAAGAUAGUGAUGAUGAAGAAGUUGAAGGGGAUAUAAAGUCAAACCGAAAGGUAGCCCCAGAGUAUAAACAAUUAAUUACAAUUCAUGCUGGGAAGCCUAAAGGUGGUUUUGAUGUAAGCCUGAAACUGGAUUCUGGGAAAGUGAGACGUCUUAGCUUAAGUGAGGAACAACUCGAAGAUGCUGCAGAAACUCAUGGAAAAGAAAUUGUCAGGUUCACACAGCAGAAUAUUCUUAGGGUCUACCCAAAGGGUAUUCGUGUAGACUCAUCCAACUACAACCCUAUGAUUGGAUGGAUGCAUGGAGCCCAAAUGGUUGCUUUUAAUAUGCAGGGACAUGGAAGAUCACUAUGGUUGAUGCAUGGAAUGUUCAAAUCUAACGGUGGGUGUGGUUAUGUGAAGAAACCUGACUUUCUAUUGAAGCCUGGUCCUCAUGGUGAGGUGUUUGAUCCUAGAGCUGAGUUACCCGUGAAGACAACUUUGAAGGUGAAAGUCUAUAUGGGGGAUGGAUGGUACAAUGAUUUCCAGAAGAAAGAUUUUGAUUUAUUUAGCAAACCAGAUUUCUAUGUUAGGGUAGGAAUUGCUGGAGUCCCUGCAGAUAGUGAAAUGAAGAAGACAGAAAAAGUGGAUGACAAUUGGAGACCUGUUUGGAAUGAGGAAUUCGAGUUUCCAUUAACUGUUCCAGAUUUGGCUCUCCUUCAGAUUGUUGUGAAUGAGUAUGACAUGUCUGAAAAGGAUGAUUUUGGUGGGCAGACAUGCCUGCCCGUAUCUGAAUUACAAAGAGGGAUUCGGGCAGUUCCACUACAUGACCGUGACGGGGUAAAGUUUCGUUCAGUUAAGCUGUUGAUGCAUUUCGAUUUUGUGUGAGUGUAUUAGCAGUUUUCUGUGGGAUGAUAAUGUACAGACUCCAGAUCAGUUAAGCCUUUUUUUGUUUUGUUUUGAUGUUGCUGUGAACUGGUUGGUGUCUGUUAUAACAAGAACAUUUGCCUCUGCUGUUUGUAGUAUUAUUCCACGUCAAAGGAUCAUUUGUUCUCCCUGUAUGUUAAAUUCCCAAGGUCACUAUUGAACUUCAACUAUUGAGAAAUUAUAUCAUAUACGUAAUAUUUUGUAACCUUAAGCAUUUUCUCAUUUAA